AGAGAGAGAGAGAGAGAGAGAGAGAGAGAGAAGCAGUAGCAGAACUUUGGUUGCUUUACGCACAGAGGAUGCUCAGAAGACGCUGCGGCGUUUCCCGAAGUCUCCAGCUUACACACACUGAGCUGUGAUACGGUUUAUAAGGACCGGGUUCGCCCACACCAGGUCUUCUACGGGACUCUCGCGAUGUCCGCUACCUUUGGGUCCCUGCUGCUUCUUCUGGCCUCGGGUGUAUUGCGUGCGAGCGGGCAGACGGAGAUGAAGCGAGUAGUUGGUGAUAAUGCCACGCUGCCAUGUUACCACCAGCUUUGGCACGCUGAUACCUCACUGCUGGACAUCGAGUGGCUGGUGGUGAAACCCAAUGCCAAGCAGAAAGCGGUGAUCACCUACUUUGCCGGGCGGAUUUACGACCCGAACGAGGGUGAGGAACGGAGGUUGACCCUGGCGGGUGAUUACCUGAAGGGUGAUGCCUCGCUGAUGAUUAGAGACCUUUUGGACACAGACUCUGGGGAGUACAGCUGCAAGGUGAAAAACGGAGGGAAGUACAACUGGAAUACGGUCGACCUCAUCGUCCUGGUCAAGCCGUCCAAACCUCGCUGCUGGAUGGAAGGAAGGCUGUUGGAAGGCAGCGACCUGAAGAUGAGCUGUAAAUCUGCAGAGGGAUCCGACCCCAUCCAGUACAAAUGGGAGAGAGUGCUGGAGAAGGGCAGAUAUAUGGGGAAACUACCACCUCUCGCUCUCCUGGACCUGAAGAACCCGGAGUUCGUGACUCUGAGGAACCUGAGCCGAGAGAGUGCAGGCAUCUAUAGGUGCACAGCCAGCAACGACGUAGGAGAGGAGAGCUGUACUGUGGAGGUCAAAAUUCACUACGUUCGAGGUAUGGGAGUGAUGGCCGGCGCUGUGGUAGGCGUGUCCUUGGGCGUGCUGCUCCUCAUCCUCAUCGUGUGGCUGGUGUUCCGCAAGAAGGAGAAGAAGAAGUACGAAGAGGAAGAGACGCCCAAUGAGAUCAGGGAGGAUGCUGAGGCUCCCAAGGCCAAGCUGAUGAAACCCAACUCUCUCUCCUCCUCACGCUCAGGAAGCUCUCGCUCAGGGACAUCGUCCACCCAGUCCAUGGUUCCCAGUGGUGCCCCACGUGCCCACAAACCUCACCCGCCCCCUCCCACGGCGGGGCCCCUGAAAGAUGGCAUCCAGCCUUCCACGUUGCCGGCCGUGCCCCCGGCAUACACGCAGGUUGCCCCAAAGCUCCCGGAGCCUCACAGCAGCCCCAAACUGAACCCAGGGAACCUGGCACGGAUGGGCGCCAUGCCAGUGAUGAUCCCAGCUCAGACCAAGGCCUUCCAGACUGUCUAAGGAUACAUGGACAUCAUCAUCCUCAUCAUCAUGAUCAUCAUCACACGCAUUCUUGUAUACUGAUUUACUCCAAGGACACGUUUGAGCACCACGCCAGCGAUGAAAGUCAAACCAAAACAUACACACACACACACACACACACACACACACACAAACUGUGAGCCCAAUCAGGCUCACUCCAUCAAGAGAAAUAAAGCAAGUAAAGACGAAUAAAAAGGGAAAUAAAGCCUGAAGUUGCUUGAAGCGUCUCUAAUCGCUGUGUCAAUAAAAUACCACACAUGGGAAAUAAGAAGCGAUUGCCCUCUUGAUGUGGACAAUAAAUGAAAGCGGUGUUUUCCCUUAACACACGCCAUUUGUUUUCCGCUUUGAUGGCAGCGCCGGGAUUCUGCAUGGCCGGACAGAACGGUUGAUUUACUUCUAACAAGGAAGUGAGGAAAGAAGGAGUUUCUCUUCCCCGACUCGAACUGACGAGCAGCUCAAGGUGUUAGCAUGAAAAGGACAGCGUUUAGAGGCAAGCGAGAAGAAAGAGGCACUUGUUCCAAACACCUGCUCAGUCGCCGUAACACGUCUGGCUCCGGACCAGGAAGUGAAAUGACAGUGAAUCAUCUACGUGGCUGAUUUGUAAAUCUUGAUAGAUUUUUUUUUUAUUUCAUUACACAACAUGUAGAGUGAGGUUUUUUAACACGACAGUAAAAACAGCGUCUUUAUUGAUAUUGAAAACAACACUAUCAUGCUGCCAAUCUUAAAUUCGCCCGAAACCUUGUAUAAAGUCACAAUGCUACGUAUAACGAUAAGCAAGCUAUCAAUGAAUAUGCAAAAUAAAUAAUGAAACACCCCAAAUCUGACAUUCCCUGUCUCCCCCUCCUCCUCCUCCUCCUCCUCCUCGUCCUCCAGCAGCCAAUCAGCAUCGUCAGAAGUUGCGGUUAAAAACGAGGGCGGAGUUAAUGUCCGUGCUCUUUCUUACAAACUUCGUUUAUAUGAAAUCGAAGAAAUUUGUAUGAAUUUUUAUCGCAUGCCAUGCAUUUGCAUAUUGGAAUCUGAUUAGCUUUUAUAGUCGGUAUGCAUUUGCAUAUUGGAAUCUGAUUGGCUGAUACGAUCGGGUAUUGUUUUUUUCAACAUUUUACAGUGCAUUAUUAUUAUUAUUAUUAUUGUUGUUGUUGUUGUUGUUUUUUAAUAUUUUUACGUUCUUGAAGCCCACAGUUGGAUUUUUACACUUUGCUACUGACCAAUAGCAGUAUCCCUUUUUUUUCCCCCUCUCUCGCUUAAUUACGUCCUGAAUAAUAAAUACAGAAAUUUUUUCUACAUCGAUUUCACUUCCUGGAUUCGUUUUUCUGAAUCAUUUCAAAGCAGAUCCGAGUCCUAGGUGAUUUCACAAAAUGUUCCUUCUCUUGCUUCUCACCAAUAAGGAAUAUAAUAUGAAGCAGUUCUGAAUGUUUUGAUGGUAUGUGAUGCAUUUUUAUAUUGUUUACAUCCAGUUACUUUUGAUAUGUUUUAAAGUAACCUAUAUUAAUAACGGAAAUAACCGAUUAAAAACAUUUACGUUCUGCUUUGUUUUCUGUCAAUUCUGACCUCGUUUGACGAGGUUUUUUUAAAAAUAAAUAAAUAAAUAAAUACAGUAUAUAAAAUCACAUCGCUUAUCCUAAAGGUUAGAUUUUGGGCAUCGAUUGCUUUUUUGUUGUUUUUUUGUUUUUUCGGGGGUAAAACAGCGCACUUUCAGGUUGUGAAUUCAAAUCUCACUGUCAAAAAGAAAACCACUCCAAGCCCCUGUGAGAAAGUUCAACCUUAACUGCUUAUUCUUGCUUCAAAUGAAUACGUUUCCAUCCAUACUUUCGCAUUCAGACUUGACCUAAAUGGGUUGUAAUUUUAUCCCAGACCUGCACGCCGUCAAAACUAUGUCACGCUUUCCGCUCUGCUCGCUGUAUUUUCGGAUGUUCUACAUUUUUGCGAACAUUUACAGCUUUAUUUUUUUUUUAAUUUCCUUGUACGAUAAACCCGGUUAAAUCCGACCUGCUCCCGGAUGCCAGGCUUUAAUAAAACUCUGUGUAUAAUACGUUUUGUUCCCCUUGAGACGCUUUUGUUAUUUCCAGCUUGUGCCUUUGUUGGAUGAAAUAGGGCUGGGAUGAGGAUGACUCCGAGUGAAGAACAGGAAGUAGACAAAGAAGAUUUUGACUCAAUUUGCGACGAGAAAAUUUUAAUAUCUGGGUCAUGAUGACUGAUCUGUUAUGAUCGACAUUGUUACGACCCGAAAGUUCAUUAUUUUCCCAUAAUUUCAUGCGUCCUAAAUGUUUUGGUCGAUUUGCCAAAGAUUCCAAUGUUUUAUUUAUUAUAAAUCAUAAUAGUUUUUAUCUGAGUUUUAUCCAUUUAGCUUUACAUUUUGCUGUAUCAACACUUUCUGACCAAUCAGAAGUCAGUGUCAGGUCUGUGAUCUAGGCUCAAACACAACCUUAAAUAAAAUAUGAAUAAAGCGUUUAAUUUCCUUUGAGACGGUUUUCGAAGUCGCCGCACCUACGUCCCGUUUCGAAGCUCUCGCGAUGAUCCGAGAGCACGGAGAUCAUCCUCAUUUCUUCGCCCCAGUGAACGAGUUUAGAGUCUAUUGAGUUGGAAUUUCAGAUUACUCGCACAAGCGAUUACUCCAAAGCCGAUUUACGGAAAUUUAGGUCUAAAAAGCGAUCUAUCCGAGUCGAAAUCUUUUAAAAGAAGCUUUGAAAGGAAGCGAGGAAAAGAAGUUACCCCAAGGAAAAGGAAGCACUUUCAUGUCUCAGCUUCAGAUGUUACUCAAUAUCAAAAUCCACAGUGUUUCUCUGGAAAGUGAGUCAGAAAUUUAUGCUGAAAGUUUUUUUCAGUUCUCAAUCAAAUCAGCACAAAAAAGCGAAGCAAUGAAAUGGAUUGGCUGGAAAUCUGGAGCUGGAUUUCUUUCUCUUUUUUAUUUUCUCAGAUCUCAAUAUGAGACGUGUUGAUAUGAGAUGAAGAAUAAGCUUUUCACCUGGAGUGAUUUUUAUUUAAAACCAGAAAAGGAACUAGAUUCCAGUUUUAAAGUAAUCCCCUAGAAAUUUUUCCUCAUCGCCUUUUUCCGGUGUGAGCAACAUAAAUGUUUUAUCGUCACCAUCUGAGUCGUCUUUACGCUAAAAGUACUCCAGAAUAUCUGUUUAUUUUUCUUCUAUAAAUAAAUACUUAAAUGCUUCGUUUUAUAAAAUUGCAUCUUUAGCGAAAUUCAAAGAUAAACUACGUUAAUUAUUAACCAGCUUUAUGUAACUAUUCCUACGCAGAGCAUUAGAAUAGAUCUAGGUGGUGUUUAGUGACCACCAGUUUGUCCCUGGACUCAACCCGGUCCAGAGUGUAUCCCAGAUCCACCGUGUCUCCGACCGCUAACGAUGAAAUGACGGAUAUUUGAUGGACUCUAGCAUGAAAUCUUUGCCUAAUACAGUAAUGCUAUUAAAUUCCCUAUAAGUGCUUUAUUUCAUUUUAUUUCAUUCACUCGAUGGAACGAUUUGAAUUCACAAACAUUCCUUUGUUCUAAGCAUUCAGUUAAAAUUUUUAGCGUCUGAAAUACUUUUAGUUAUUUAUUUAUUUAUUUUUUGCUAUUUUUCUCAAACUCCUGCAUGUUUGCUCCGAAGAUCCACGUCAUUGUGUGUAUGUGUGAGAAAAAGAAUAAAAAGAACUGACAAUAAAGAAGAAAAAAAAAAGUCUUCGAAUGAAAACGAAAUGAAACGAUCCCGAUCCAAGUCCAAGUGGGUUGUAAUUGUAUCCUUAAUGCAGCAUAAAGACGUUUUAUAUCGCUCAUAAGCCGAGGCAGAGCGUUAAUUAUCACGCAUUUGCAUCCAGAGCUCUCGCUAAUGCAUCGAAAAGCAACAGGAACGCAUGUUCAAGAUCUCGCAAAGGUUUGUUUUAAUGCCUCAGUGCUGAUACAAGUAUGUCGUAUAUCAAGAAAUGAUGUUAAAUGCAUUUUUUUCAUGAUUUUUAAUGACUCGACUCUUGCUAUUACUGUGAAUAAGAGUUUUAUAUUUGCCUUUUUUUUGUUGUUGUGAAUGACGGCGGAAUGAACUUGCGAGUAAGCGUGAGACGGACCCGCUUCGUUCUGAUUAAACUCUUGUGUGUAUAUAAAAUUACAUAAUCUGUGAAAAAUGUAUAUUUGUACAAUAUCUGACUUACUCUUGGGUUUGUAAUAAAGCAUUCAAAGGCAAAAGGGAAGGAAGACGCUUCAAGUGUGUUUGUAUGCGUUUCAACUCAU